AUGCUCCGCGGCCAGACCCUCCCCUGGAGAGCUGUGCUCCACCAAACGCCUCGACCUCUCCUCCGACGCCCAUUUCUUGCUUCUCCAAGAUACAAUGCAAGCAUCCGGUCAGCACUAGCUUCCGCCCGCCUCGGUAACUCCAUCCCCUCGACCUCUCGCGCUUUCUCCGCCAGCUCCAUUCGGCGGCGAGAGAAACCCCCACCAGAGGACCCGAAGGACGAACCGGAAGAGCAGGAGACUAGUCAGGAUGAUAAAAGCACAGAAAAGGCCCCGGAGUCACGGCGGAAAGCAUCUGACUCAGGGAAGAACGUCCCUUCUGCAGAUCAGGCGGGCUCCUCGCGGAGAAAAGACCGGUCAUCGGAUAAAGAGCAGCGCGCGGUAGAGGAGGAAGGAAAGAAGGAAGCCAACGCAUCAGAUGGAAAGGGGGAUUCGAAUAAUGGACCCUCACCUAUUCCGCCGAGUGAUGGCCCGACCGACUCGAAACCCAGCGGCGCCAGCAGCGGAGGUAAUAGCGGAAACGAUGACAACGGCAAGAAAGGGAAGAAGGGACCCAGCGACAAGGCUCUACAAAAGCCAGCAGUUCCGGACGUUUAUCCCCAAGUGAUGGCCAUUCCCAUCGCGAAGCGCCCUUUGUUCCCCGGAUUCUACAAAGCUAUCACCAUCCGAGACCCGAAUGUCGCCACUGCGAUCCAGGACAUGAUGAAACGGGGUCAGCCCUACGUUGGAGCAUUCCUGUUCAAGGAUGACAACGCCGAUGGCGAUGUGAUUGAGAAGAUGGAUGAUGUUUACGACACCGGUGUCUUCGCUCAAAUCACAGCCGCAUACCCUCUCCGCGGGGAGGCUAGUGGCGUGACGGCAGUCCUAUACCCCCAUCGCCGUAUCAAAAUCUCAUCUUUAAUUCCUCCUACCGAGAUCACAAAGGGUGCUCCACCCACACCCGAAGACAAGACAACCGAAAAGCGUGGCGAUGUCGUGGCCAGCUUCGAGGAGGGUACUCCCGAGCCAGCUCCCAAGGAUCUUUACGAGCCCACAUCCUUCCUGCGGAAACACCCUGUCAGCUUGGUUAAUGUGGAAAACUUGGCCGAGGAGCCGUUCGACAAGAAGAACGGCAUCAUUCGUGCGGUGACAAGUGAAAUUGUCAACGUGUGCAAGGAAAUCGCUACUCUAAACCCGUUGUUCCGUGAUCAGAUCUCAGCCUUCUAUACUGAUCAGUUCCCCGGGAACUUGAGCGACGAACCGGCUAAGUUGGCCGACUUUGCUGCUGCCGUUUCCGCUGGCGAGCUGCACGAAAUGCAGGAGGUUCUCGAGACAAUGAACAUCGAAGAGCGUCUUCCCAAGGCUCUUGUUGUGCUCAAGAAGGAACUGAUGAACGCCCAACUGCAAUCUAAGAUCACCAAGGAUGUCGAAGCCAAGAUCCAGAAGCGCCAGCGUGAGUACUGGCUAAUGGAACAGAUGAAGGGUAUCAAGAGAGAGCUUGGCAUCGAAUCUGAUGGCAAGGACAAGCUAGUUGAGAAGUUCAAGGAGAAGGCCGAGAAACUUGCCAUGCCUGAGGCUGUCAAGAAGGUCUUUGAUGAGGAGAUCAACAAGUUGGCCCACCUUGAGCCUGCCGCAUCUGAGUUCAAUGUCACCCGUAACUACCUUGACUGGCUCACCCAGAUCCCUUGGGGACAGAAGAGCGUGGAGAACUUUGGAAUUAAGAACGCCACAACUGUUUUGGACGAGGAUCACUACGGUCUUAAGGAUGUCAAGGAUCGUAUCCUUGAGUUCAUCGCCGUUGGCAAGCUUCGUGGAACUGUUGAAGGAAAGAUCCUUUGCCUUGUUGGUCCUCCCGGUGUUGGAAAGACCAGUAUCGGAAAGUCUGUGGCUCGUGCAUUGAACAGACAAUAUUACCGCUUCUCUGUCGGUGGUUUGACCGAUGUUGCAGAGAUCAAGGGUCACCGACGGACCUACGUGGGUGCCUUGCCUGGACGCAUUAUUCAAGCGCUGAAGAAAUGUCAAACCGAGAACCCUCUGAUCCUCAUCGACGAGGUGGACAAGAUUGGCCGUGGUCACCAGGGCGAUCCUUCCUCUGCUCUGCUCGAGCUCCUCGAUCCCGAACAGAACAGCUCAUUUUUAGACCACUACAUGGAUGUCCCGGUGGAUCUGUCCAAGGUUCUUUUCGUCUGCACUGCCAACGUCACCGACACCAUUCCUCGGCCAUUGCUAGACCGAAUGGAGCUCAUUGAGCUAUCCGGAUAUGUAGCGGACGAGAAGAUGGCGAUUGCCGAGAAAUACUUGGCACCCGCUGCUCGGGAGCUAACUGGUCUGAAGGAUGUCGAUGUGAACCUUGAGAAGGAAGCCAUCGAGGAGUUGAUCAAGUCAUACUGCCGUGAAAGCGGUGUUCGCAACUUGAAGAAGCAAAUUGAGAAGGUCUACCGCAAGGCAGCCUUCAAAAUCGUCCAAGAUCUGGGCGAGGAUGUCAUGUCAGAGGAAGCGGCUCUGACUGACGAGGGCAAGGCUGCUGCUGAAGAGUCCAAGGAACACGAGACGGCUGAUCCCGCUCAGGCUCCUCUUGAACCCGAGAAGUCGACCACUGAGACCCCCAGACUUGCUCUUAAGGUUCCCGACAGCGUCCACCUCAGUAUCGGCAAGAGUACAUUGAAGGACUAUGUCGGACCCGCAGUGUUCACUGCCGAUCGCCUGUACGACAAGUUCCCCCCUGGUGUCACCAUGGGUCUCGCCUGGACCAGCAUGGGUGGAGCAGCCCUGUACGUUGAAUGUAUUCUGGAGAACGCGUUGAACCACAACUCGCGACCCGGCCUCGAAAUCACUGGUAACCUUCAAAACGUCAUGAAGGAGUCUACCCACAUUGCAUACUCAUUUGCCAAGUCUGUCAUGGCUCGGCAAUUUCCCGAGAACCGGUUCUUUGAGAAGGCCAAGGUUCACUUGCACUGCCCCGAAGGAGCUGUCCCUAAGGAUGGCCCCUCCGCUGGUAUCACUAUGGCAAGCGCCUUGCUUUCCUUGGCGCUGAACCACUCCCUCGAGCCUACCGUUGCCAUGACAGGAGAAUUGACCGUUACCGGUAAGGUUCUCCGCAUUGGAGGUUUGAGAGAGAAGACCGUGGCCGCUCGUCGGGCCGGUGCCACCAAGAUCCUCUUCCCAGCAGACAACACAUCCGACUGGCUCGAGCUACCUGAAAAUAUCAAGGAAGGUAUCGAAGGCCACCCAGUGAAUUGGUACUCGGAGGUGUUUGACCUCCUCUUCCCCGGUCUCGACCAAGAGGCCGCCCGCACAGUCUGGCAAAAGGCCCUGGCCAAGCCGGAAAAGGAGAGCCGGAACACGGAUGACGAGUAA